AUGCGAUGCUGGCGCUGCCCUCCCCGCGUCGGGCUGCGGGCUCUCGUGCUGCUCCUGGUCCUGUGUGGACCUGGACAUAAACAGCGCGUUUCUCAAUGUCGCUGCUGGGAACGGCGUCCCGAGGACUGCGUCCCAGGAAUGGCAUCCUCUGACCAGUGCUGGCCUUUAGCUGCUUGCCUGCUGUUCCUGCUGGUGAUCCUAACAUUUGUUUGUGUAUUGACUGAGGAAUCUAUAGAAAUUGCUCCAGUGCCGUAUACGCUGCAAGCCCAUCGGGUAGCUUUGGAGGGAAAAGAUCCCGUUAACCCCUUGGGGAGAGAAAAGAGGCAGGUGCAGUGUCUACUAGGACAAUACCUACAUCCAAAAGAGACCCACUGCUGCAUGAGGUGCCAUGCAGGUACCUUCAAGUUAAAAGACUGUGAAGGGCCUGAGCAGGCACCUGUCUGUCAUCCAUGUGCUAAUGGCACCUUCACAGCAGUGGAUAACACCAUGUCUAAAUGUUUCCAGUGUACUCAGUGCCGUUCAGAUUUCCAUCAGAUAGUAGAGUCCCCAUGCACCCCAAAGCAAGAUACUGUCUGUGGCUGUCGGAAGAAUCAGUAUCAGCUUGAUGUGCUUGAUCGCUUCCUCUGUAAGAACUGCAGCACGUGUGCCAAUGGGAUUAUUGCCAACUGUAAGUAUGGCACAGACACGGGACCACAUUUGCAUUUAUCUCUUCCUUUCUCGUUCACUCAUUUGUCAUCUUUGUUUUGUCCAGAUGGCAUCCUCUUCCUUCACAUCAUCAUUGCAAUAUUAGGAAUUAUCAUUGUCCUCUGCGUUGUAAAUAAAGUGGUGAAGAUGGUUCAGGAAAAUGGGGUAGUCUCUUCUUUCUACUCCUGUGUUGCUUUGUCAAACAUGAGCAGGGAGCCAGCAUCUGAGGUUGAGGUAGAAAGGAACGUGACUUCCAUCAUUCUUCCUGAGUCUCCACAGGAAACAGUUUUGUUAGUGAACGCAAUACCACCAGCAGCACCAAUGCCGCAAAGUUCGCAGGAACUCCCAGACUGUGUCAGACCUGCCAGGACGACGCAGCUCCCAGACAACCCAGCAAUUCUCUACACUGUGGUGGAUCAUGUGCCGCCAUCUCGGUGGAAAGAGUUUGUGAGGCGUCUGGGGCUCAGUGACUAUGAUCUAGAGCGAAUUGAGAUGGAGCAUCGGCGCAUACGAGAUGCCCAGUAUGAAAUGCUUAGACUGUGGAAACUGCAGAUGGGCCAUGCAGCAACUGUUGAGCGUAUAAGCUGCGUCCUCAACCAGAUGGAGCUGAGCGGUUGCAGCGAAGCUAUUCAAGAGGCAUUGCCAAACCAGAACUUUCUUCAACCUUGCAGCCUCCACAGCCAUCCUUAAUCUACUUCUGCUUUAGUUCCCCCUGCCCCGUGACUCUUAAGAGGAUCAUAACUCCCUUCAUUUCUUCCCCU